AUGUGGAGGGCUCCAUCAGGUCUUUAUCUACCCAAGCCUCAUGGUGCUCGGCGAGGCUGGUCGGGUGCCAGACAGCCUGGGAAUAGACAAGACUCAGUUGCUGAAUCUCCAGUGCCUCCAUAUAGUCCUCUACUGUUGGAGAUUGAUAAUACCAAACUCAAAAGAUCCAAGGAAUGCCCCCAAAUUAUAUCCUGCAAGUAUAGCCCUGUAACUGAAGGCUGCCAGCUAAAACCGGAUCGGGGGGAGUACUUUCACGAUCCUAAUACAGCCAGGUAUCCUUCUUAUCCAAGGCAGAGUCCGGACUACAAUAUCACCAAUAUCAAUAUAGUAACCUGCUCCAGUACUUUCGGAAACCUCGUCCGGUUCGCUCGAGGCAUGGACAAAGACUUCAGGUUCAUAAUAGAAACGGCUGGAGAUAGCAUAUACUUUAUCCGAAGGAAGAAUUCGCCCAACGAUCUGAUCCUAAAUGUCCAUGGCUACGGACAUAUAUUCCUUGAUGAAAAUACAACAUGGGGACCGGGACUUGCUGGUUCUGAAUUAUACCAGCAAAUAAUCAAGUAUACCUUUGGAGGCCUAGACCUUCUCCUUCGAUUUGAAUCAGAUAGUUAUAUUCCAAAGCAGUCCCCGGAGAUGUCAUCCAGUAACCUACAUGCAAGCAGGGGCAUCUUGACUGGGGAUAUAGACUCUGAUAUUAAUAGCUUGAUAGCAAGGCUUCAAGAAGACCACAGUCCUGAUCCUGUUAAAGAUCCUGGAAAACUUACAAUUCAGGAAGCUGGGCGACGGGUCGACCAGCGCGAUAUCAUUAAUAUUAAAACUCGGUCAAUGGUUGACUUCAAGACAAAGGCCAUCAAAAAAAAAAUUAAUAUAACCGACCUGACCCCUCAUCUGUGGGUAUCCCAGAUCCCGAUCCUUAUCAUAGCCUAUCACAACCGCGGACUGUUCGAGGAGAUCCGGGUACAGGACAUGCGAGAUAAAAUUAUUCAGUGGAAACAAGAAAAUGAAGAAAUGCUGAGACGGGCGGCUUGGCUGCUCCACGAGCUGGUACAUUAUACAAAAAGUUCAAUAACUAGGCUGGAAGUCUGUCGAUCUGGUGCAGGCCCUAUCCAAAUACAACAAGUCACAGGUGAUAGUCCUAUGGCUCUAGCGCCGGAAAUGAAAGCAAAGUUGACAGGAAGAGUCAGUCCGGACGUAUCCAACCACAGAUGCAUUUCAUCGCGUGGCGAUAACUUUUCUGACCGACGGCUUGGCUUCGAUAGUUCAGAUCCGGAGUCUGAGUCUGAUGCGAGGGACUAG